AUGACCGAAGCCACCAAGCUCGCUAUGCGCUCUGAGCGACCAGUACUACGCCACAGCUCAAUGUCGGGCGGUUCUUUUAUCCAAGACCACCAACAAUACAAGCCCACGCCGCCAAUAACCCAAAACAUAACGGACGUCCUCCUGGGGCCAGGCGAAAACAACAAAAAUUCUCUGUUUUACAAUGCGAAUCCCAUCACCCCAGAUCCUGAAAAGGUGACUGAGAGUGGAAUCGUACACAGCAUUUUCCCUAGAUCCCCAAAUCCACUCCCGGCAGGCACCCCAAAGCUCGUAGCGACUAUCUACUAUAAAACGGCUACUGCACAUCCACAUGCGAAUACUAUUAGUGCUGACGGCGGCAUUCUCCCAUCUCCAACGGUGCCCAUUGGGUCAGCUCCAACGGUUGAUAUCGAAAAGCUACCCAGAGAGCCACCGGCACCAGAGCCAGAGAACUUGGACCAUCUCUACGGGCCUUUUGUAUCACAAUUAUGUCUUACUCAUUUCUUGCAAAUCUUAGAGGGCUUGCAUACUCCAUACCAGCGCAUGAACACAUCACAUCGCUGCUUAGACCAGGAGGAUCAACCCCGAGUUGUGGAAGUGACUGUUUCGCCCUUACCCAACCCGGAUUAUUUGUCGUUUGAUGACUUGCGUAAGCACGAGAGCAUCUGGCGAUUCGAGAGAGAAUGGAAUGUUGAGGUGGUGUUGCAGAAAGAGAGUGUUUUCAGGCGGUACAAGCGCUUGGCGAUUUUCGACAUGGACAGCACGUUGAUUCAGAAUGAGACCAUUGAUGAGAUUGCCAAGUUCGUUGGUGUGGAAAAAGAAGUCUCGGCAAUCACCGAAAGAGCCAUGAAUGGUGAACUUGAUUUCACUGCAUCCCUCAAAGCGCGCGUCAGCCUUUUGAAAGGCGUCCCAGCCGACGUAUUCGACAAGCUCCAAUAUAUCGUCACUAUCUCUCCCGGAGCCCGCGAAUUAUGCAAAGCGCUCAAAGCCUUGGGAUACAAAAUGGCAGUUCUCAGCGGAGGAUUCCAACCAUUGGCCGACUGGCUUGCCAAUGAGCUCGGCAUAGAUUAUGCAUUUGCCAACCAUCUCGCCGUCGACGAAACCACCCAAACCCUAACCGGCGAACUCGUCGAAGGCAAACCCAUCAUCGACGCUGCCCAAAAGCGCACCUUACUCCGCAAAAUCGCAGCCGACAACAACAUCCCCAUCACACAGACGAUCGCGAUCGGCGACGGAGCCAACGACUUACCAAUGCUGCACGAAGCAGAGUUGGGCGUAGCAUGGCGCGCAAAGAGUAAAGUGCAACUAGAGGCACCCUCGCGACUGAAUGGGGAGAGCUUGACGGAUAUUUUGUAUCUGUUGGGUUUGGGGGAUGAGGAGAUUAAGGAGUUGAAAUCUAUAUACUCAUCGUAA